GUAUUUUUGACUUUUAUUUUGAAGUUUACAUUUGAAUACCGGAAAGAAAGGAACGGAAAUUUAAGCAGCGUUCCAUGAACGUAAAUAGCAGGAUUGGAUCUAAGAAAAUGGAGCUUCCACCCCACGAAGGAUCGGUACUCUCUGUGGUUGACAUGCACACAGGUGGAGAGCCUUUGCGCAUUAUCCUUAGUGGUUACCCAGAGGUAAAAGGCGAGGGUGUGCUAUCCAAACGGCGCUACGUGAGAGAGCAUCUGGACUACCUACGGAGAGUGUUGAUGUUCGAACCAAGAGGACACUAUGACAUGUACGGAGCCCUGGUCGUGGAGAGUGAGAUACCUGAAGCCGACUUGGGGGUUCUUUUCAUGCACAACGAAGGUUACAGUACCAUGUGUGGCCAUGCAGUCAUCGCUCUUGGGAGGUUCGCUGUAGACUACAAACUUGUUCAAGAGCCAAGGUCGCCAGAGACGCAGGUGAAUAUACACUGUCCAUGUGGCCUGGUUAAGGCAUUUGUGGAGUACUCCAAUGGUAAAACCGGAGGUGUGAGGUUCCACAGUGUUCCAGCGUUUGCAUUUGCAACUGAUGUAAUUGUUACUGUGCCUGGGCAUGAUGAAGUCACUGUUGAUAUAAGCUACGGAGGAGCAUUCUACGCAUUUGUAAGUGCAGAGCGAUUUGGCCUGGACAUCAACAAGUCCAAGACCAGGGAUCUGGUGGAUGCAGCUACUGCAGUGACCAACUCUGUCAAAUCUCAGGUAAAACUGCAUCACCCAACCAGUGAGGACCUGGCCUUUCUCUAUGGCACCAUCCUCACAGAUGGAAAAGAUGCCUAUUCCCAAGAGCCCACUGCUAACAUGUGUGUGUUUGCAGAUGCCCAGGUGGACAGAAGCCCUACAGGUUCAGGGGUCACUGCCCGUGUGGCUCUCCAGUACCAUAAAGGCCUCAUCCAACUCAACCAGACUAGGACCUUCCAGAGUGGGGCCACAGGAUCUCUGUUCACUGGCAAAGCUGUUCAGGACACCACAUGUGGAGACUUCAAGGCUGUGGUCGUUGAGGUGGCUGGCAGAGCACACUACACUGGCGUGGCCAGCUUUGUGCAGGAAAGUGACGACAAGCUAAAACUUGGUUUCCUGCUGAAAUAGGAGCAGCUACCAGUGUCCACAACCACUUUUGAGUGCAUCUCCAUCCAAGCAAAGGACCAUAUCAGAUUGAAAAUAAAUUGUAAAAAAAAAAACACACAAAAAACCCAUCGCUCAUUGAAUGCCUAUGUAGCAUCGGUAAUGGUCAUAAGUAUUGUGUGUACUGUAUGCACAGAGUCUGACAUGAGAGACAUGGCAGACAAGGCUGUUGGAAUUCCCUCAAACAUCUGCAUGGUUAAGGUCAACUUCCAUGAGCAGGUGUCCAAUAUAAAAGUUUGCUCCGGUCCUGUAGUGGUCAUAAACACAAAAUGAACUAAAAAGUGUUAAGUAGGAUGACUUUGGUCAUAAAGUCAGUAUUUUUAAGGAAACAAUGUCUCAGAUUUCUUGGAUAUUUGAGGAUUGGGUUUUGAUUUCAGUCAUGCCCAGUCAUCGCCUGGUACAAAGCGAUGGAAGAGCUGUGACACACUGGUCUGGACAGGAGUCAGUUUGUUGGUGCAAUAUACACGCAAAAAUGGUUUGAACUUUGAUUCUCUCAAACAUUUUUUCCCCCUGGGGGUUGAGACCUCCCGCUGUUUGUAUUUGAAAAUCCAACAGUUGUAUUGGAUGAAAAAACACAUCCCCCUCCAUUACCAAUGCAUUGUGCCUACAACAUGUGUUUGACACCAUUCCACUCCAGCUAUUUCCACGAGCCCGUCCUCCCCAAUUAAGGUGCACCAACCUGCGGUAUGCACACUUUAAAGUGUCUGCUAAAUGGCAUAUAUUAUUAUAAACCACAACCCCAUGACAGAAUCUCAUCUCCGGAGUUACAUUUCCUAUGAGGAGGAAAACUGUGGUGAAAUCAGUCAGUUCAGCCUCCCUUUAAGGUGAUGUGUAAAUCAAUGUUAGUGUCGUGCUACAAAGCCAAGGUGGAACAUAUAGGGUAAUAUCACAUAUUGGCCUCAAGAUGGCGCUAUACAAAAAUGUUCUGCUAAAGUAGUCAAGUGACUGAAGGAGGCUGAUGUUUGUAAAAAAAAAAAAAAAACAUGUAUCCAUUCAUAGACACAUUUAGCUGUGAUUGGGAAUGCAGCCAUUGGACAAUGUUAUCUUCACCUUGAUUUGAAAUAAAAAAUACCACAACCUG